CAUCCGAGAAGCUUAUUUCUUCUUCCGGCACACGCAAACAUGGCGCCCGGGAUUCCGCUGUUAGCAGUUCGAGGCUCGGCCGGUACAUCUCUGCUCUGUGGACCUCCACAGUGUGAACAACACUCAGCCUUCAGCAGUGACUGUGGAGUCUGCAGGUGUGUGACCUUCAGCCGAGACGGGACGCUGCUGGGAUGGUGCAACAGAAAAGGCGUCUCAGUGAUGAAAUCCUCCGACGGCUCCCCGGUGUCGACCUUCAAUCUCCCAAAAACGGCUCUGAUGGAGAUUUCCCCUCUCAGCAACGUCCUGGUUACCUGGCAGCCGUACACCAAGACUCAGGACAGUCCUCAGGGGGAAGCAAACCUCCAGCUGUUCGACCUGCAGAGCGGCCGACUCCUCAAAGCUCUUUAUCAGAAGAAGGUCGACUCCUGGUGUCCCAGCUGGUCGGACGACGAGAAGAUCUGCGUGAGGAUCGUCAACAACGAGCUGCACUUCUACGAGAACAACGACUUCGACUCCAUCGCCAACAAGCUGCACGUGCAGAAAGUGUCCGACUUCGCCCUGUCGCCUGGAGGUCAGCCGAGCAAAGUUGCCGUCUACGUUCCCGGCAGUAAAGGAAGUCCGUCCUUCGUUCGUCUUUAUCAGUAUCCGAACUUCGGAGGUCCGAACGCCGCUCUCGCCAACAAGAGCUUCUUCAAGGCCGACAGGGUGACGAUGCAGUGGAACAAGAAAGCGUUGGCGGUUCUGGUGACGGCGAGCACUGAGGUGGAUAAAACCGGAGCUUCUUAUUACGGAGAACAAACUCUUCACUAUCUGGCCGUGAACGGGGAGACGGCGCUGGUCCAGCUGGCUAAGAACGGUCCGAUCUACGACGUGGCCUGGAGUCCAUCCUCCUCAGAGUUCUGCGUCGUUUAUGGAUUCAUGCCGGCCAAAGCGACGAUCUUCAACCUGAAGUGUGACCCGGUGUUCGACUUCGGAACCGGACCCAGAAACGCUGCCUACUACAGUCCUCAGGGUCACAUCCUGGUUCUGGCCGGAUUUGGGAACCUUCGAGGUCAGAUGGAGGUUUGGGACGUGAAGAAAUACAAGCAGGUGUCCAAACCUCAGGCUCCAGACACCACUUUUUUCUCCUGGUGUCCGGAUGGCGAGCACGUCGUCACGGCGACCUGCGCCCCCCGGCUGCGGGUCAGUAACGGGUACAAGAUCUGGCAUUACACCGGCUCGGUGCUGCACCGGUUCGAGGUGGCGUCCGGUACGGAGCUGUACGAGGUUUGCUGGCAGCCGUUUCCAGACGGGAGCUUCCCCGAGCGGCCGAUCAAAUACCAGGCGGCACCCAGCGAGCUCGGAACCACUCAGGCUCCGCCCACUCAGGCGUACCGCCCACCGGCCCUGAGACACCUGCCAGCAACGGCCAGCUCCAAACUGCACGAAGACGAACCUCCUCAGGAUCUUCGUCCGGGACUUUCAGGAGAAAAGAGUCUUUCUAAAACUGCUCUGAAGAAUCAGAGGAAACGAGAAGCAAAGAAAGCAGCGAAACAGGAGUCCAAACCCGAACCCGAGCCUCUGUCUGACUCCGCCCCCGUCACCAACAGCCAAUCGGAGCCGAGCAGCGGCGACCCGGAGACGGACAAGAAGAUCAAGAACCUGAAGAAGAAGCUGAAGGCCAUCGAGGAGCUGAAGGAGCAGCAGGCGGCGGGGAAAGUUCUGCAGAAGAACCAGCUGGAGAAGAUCCAGAAGGAGGAGCAGCUGCUGAAGGAGAUGGAGGAGCUGCAGAUCGGACACUAGGGGGCGCUACAGGCCUCCAAAUCCCACAAUGCAUUGCUCUGACACAGAAGGAGGGGCUGGAGGACUUUAUAAAGUUUAAAGUGUUUUAGGGGAGGUGCAGGGCUUAGCACACCUCCAGCGAUGAACUUCCUGAGAGCCUCCAGGGGCAUUCUGGGAAACGUAGGAAGCAGCUGAGGCGACUUUAAAGGGACGGUUUGACUCAAAAUGUCUGAACGUCCCUUUAAGGUAGACAGACAGCAAAUGUGUGUGUGUGUGUGUGUCCACUGAAACCUGUUGCUAUGCAACAUCUGUACAGUGUACCUUUCAAAAUUAAAGCCUCCUCUCCGCCGCAGCUGUGUCACAUUU